AUGGCGGCCGAUGCUCUUCGAGCCGUGCGCAUCCUUGCGAUCCUUGCGAGCUUGGGAUGCAUUUUUGUUCCCCUUCGUCUUCUGUACAGUCAACAACGAGCCGGUUUUUCGAGUGCGCAUCAAUACCAGACCAGGCCCGGUAGCCUAAUACCAGACAUCGCAACGCUCAAACCCAAUAGUACGCCAUAUAAGGCAAUCGAAUUAGGUCUUGAGCUAGUGGUGGCCAGUCUGAAGAGCGAGAAUACUAGCUGGGUGCAUGAAUACCUGCCGGACUGGCCCGCGAGCAUCUAUGUGGUCGAUGACCCUGAUGCUCCCCUUACGGUCCCCAAGAAUAAAGGGAAUGAGGCCAUGGUCUAUCUCACUCAUCUCAUCGACCGCUACGACACCCUUGCCUCCUCCACCGUCUUCGUCCACGCGCAACGCUUCGCCUGGCACAAUGACGGCCCCAACUACGACGCCCUCGUGACUCUCCAGCACAUCCAAACCCCCUACGUCCAAGCCUCUGGCUACGUCAACCUUCGCUGCGCCUUGUUCCCUGGCUGUCCUGCCGCAGUCCGCCCAAAUCAAGAUGCCGGAAAAAUGACGCCGCUCACGAACAUUUUCAAACCCGCCUUCCAGCAGAUCCUCCCGGGGAUUCCUGUCCCCGAAGUCGUUGCCGCAACCUGCUGCGCCCAGUUCGCCGUCUCCCGCGAAACAGUUCACAGCCGAUCGCGCGAGGACUACGUCCGGCUUCGUGAGUGGCUGCUGAACACGGAGCUGGACGACAGUCUGUCUGGCAGAGUGUUUGAGUAUACGUGGCAUAUCAUCUUUGGCAAGGCAGCCGUUUACUGUCCGGACGCGGGCGAGUGUUAUUGCAAGGUCUUUGGUAUACGCUGCCGAAGGUCGUGA